CACUUGCUUAGAUUUGAGGACAAGCAGGUAGAGCAUUUGAAAUGUUCAGUUUAGUUAAAAAUUGACAUUCUUAUAGUAAGCACGACAAGUUUAAACUGCGUUUAAAUUAAAAUUUUAACUCAAUUUCCACAAAAAUGUAUAAUCAAAUGACGAAAAAAAGACGAAGUUACAACACGCAACUUCUAUUUCAAGCAAUCAAUAACAACAACACAUCAAUGGUUAAGCUGUUACUCAAAGAAGGUGUCCGUAUAAAUGCUCGAGAUAAUUACUGUCGGACUUUCUUACACGUUAAUGCAAUAAGUGGCAAUCAUAAAAUCACGAAAUACCUGAUAAAAUAUGGCUGCAAUCUCAACGCAGUCAACUGUGCUGGUGAUACAGCACUACACGAGGCCAUAGCUUACAAUAAUGAUCAGAUUGCACGUUGUUUGAUAAAGAAUGGAUCUAAUGUACGUAUAAAAAACUACAAUGGGGACAGUUGUCUUCACUUUGCGGUAGUUUAUCGUCACAAACUCAAUGUAAUUACGAUGAUUCUGAAAAACGGAGCAAACAUCAACAAUGUCAACGUUUACGGUAUGAGCCCAUUGCACUUUGCGGUUGAAUCUAAAAACAUUAGAAUAGUAAAAAAGCUUAUUGCCAAUGGUAUAAAAGUUAACUCGAUAAAAUGUGGAGUCUCGGCAUUGCACAUGGCAGCUGGAGUGGCUAGUGAAGUUAUAGUGAAAAUUUUAUUGAAAGCUGGAGCCGAUGUUAAUUACAAAGAUGUUAACGAUUGCUCACCUAUUCAGUGUGCAGUAUAUACCGGUAAUAUCGAAUUAGUCAAGACAUUAAUUGAAGCAGGUGCUAAUAUUAAUAAUCAAAACAAAAUUGGCGCUACCGCUUUACACAAUGCUAUAAUGUGUGGUAAUGAACGAAUGAUUUCUCUACUAUUGAACAACAAUGCAAAUGUAUGUAUAAAAACAACCGAUGGCGACACGCCCUUGCAUUGGGCGGCAAUGUUAAAUGUGGGUGAGAGCCAUGCUAAUAUUUUAAAAAAUUUACUGGAUAAAGGCAGCAACGUAAAUAAUCGAAAUGCUAGUGGACAGACGCCUUUUCAUUUUCUUAUCCAGGACGGUAGCAGAAAAGUAGUGAAAAUGUUUCUCGAUAAAGAAGCGGAUUUAUUAAAAAAAGAUUUUGAAGGCUCCACUGCGUUGCAUUAUGCAGUUUAUAAUGGCGAUAGCGAGGUAUUAACAUUAGUUCUAGAUAGCGGUAUACAUAUUAAUGAAAAGUGUACACGCGGUACAACGGCUUUACAUCAUGCUGCAAAAAAAUCUAAAUCGGAUUAUAUCCAAUUACUGUUAGAGAAAGGUGCCGAUGUUAAUUCGCCAGAUUUAUGCGGACGUACAGCACUGUAUUAUACAAUUGUUGAGUCGAUUGCCCAUAGCGAUGGACAGAAUGUAUCCGAGAGUAGGCAAGAGUCUAUUAGAUUAUUACUAGAAUAUGGAACGGAUAUUAAUGAUAAGAUUUACCAGGAACGCACGAUUCUGGAAAUAGCUAUAGAGAGAAGGGAAACGGUAGUUGUGAAUUUUAUUGUUGAGCAUAUUGCCAAGUUGAGCUUACGUAAGAUGCCAAUAAGCGAUUACAAUGUACAAUUAAUAAAUAAGCAUAACGAUGUGAUAAACUAUUAUGAUAUGUGCAAAACUGAGCUGCAAGCCGCGAUAAAAAAAAAGAUUUUUGGAACGGUAUCCUUUUUCAAUAUUUUAACGGAUAGUAUCGACGUAAUAGCUGGUUAUGCCAGAAAUAUAGAUCUCGUGGACGCAUUUGAAAAUAGCAAUUACGAAAUGAGUUUUCCCAUUUAUUGCUUACCAUUAAAAACACGAUUCUACGAAGGUGUAGAGAGACAAAAAUUGAUGGAAAGGGCUGCUAUAAUUUUGAGUCAUAGCUUAAAUUUUGCUGAUCCGUACCACAUUGUAUAUAAAAGACUUUUGUAUUAUUUUAGUAUAAAAGAUUUACGUAUUUUAGUAGACUACUACUGUUACGAGGUAGUCGAAAAAUCGGUAGAUCUUGUAAUUGAUGCAAUAGUGCUUAGUAUGGUAGUGCUGGGAGUGCUGGUCAUUGAUAAAGGAUUUAUCCACUAA